AUGGGCCGAUUAAACCUCACUGCCAUCAACGUCCGCAAGACUGCGCUGGCCAAAUUCAAGGCCAAACAGAUUCCUUCGGUACCCAACUGGGUCGAUAUCGUACAUGAUAUCCCGCCCGCACAAAUUCUCGUCCGCCAGCAGCCCGUCAAGCAUCCCCUGACCAAAGUCCGCACACGAACUCUCCCGAGCGGAAAAACCGAACAAUAUGUGCAAAUCAUUGAACCCAAGAGACCGAAGUCGGCGAAAGCUCGCCAUGUCUUCAGCCCCAAAUCUUUACAUUAUGAGGAGGAUUCAUUACGCAGAACUUUCUACAGCGAUCAUCCCUGGGAGCUUGCGCGGCCUCGAGUGAUCGUCGAGACAUCAGGAGAGCAAUACAAGAACGCAGACUGGUCAAAAGGCCUGGUUCAACCCGGCAUCCCUCUAUCUGGCGAAUGUGUGGUCCAGCGACAACUCUGGCUCCUGGAAAAUACCCCCGACAUUACUAUCCCGCAAGCUUACGACAUCGCGCGAAAAGAGUUCUACACCCUGCGCCGACGUCAAGAACGGAGGGAUAGGGUUGCUGCUGAAGAGGCGAGACAUAUGGGCGCUCGAUUCGGGAAGUCGGCCUUGCAGAUUAGCAUGGGCAUUGAGAAUGCGAUGUACAAUGACUGGGAGAAAUGGAGCCGGCAGGUCGUCUUUGAGCAAACAUCGAGGGCUGCCGCUUUUGAAGGCACCGUCGCCAGCGCUGAAGAGGAGGCUUUGAAGGACAAUGUGCUGGAAGAGAGUACGACCCGGCUGCAGCAGCCAGGUGGUCGUCCGGCGAUCGGAGCUGCGGUGUUUGCUCAACAAGCGCAGUUGGACUCUCGUGUAUCGAGACGUCCCGGUUCUCCAUAG